AGUCGUCACACCUGUCGUGUUCUCUGUCCUCACACAGAUCCACCUGCUCCUCUAACAGCAGGAGAAACGCUCACAUUAUUAUAUAACAGAGGAAUCAGAUGAGAUUCGUUCAGAAGAGUUGAUCUCUGUGGUUCAGGAUCAGCCGAGGUUCUUCUGCUGAGCUGCUGGAGCAUGGCUGAGAGUCCACAGGAGCAGAGCCCAGGGGUGUUGAGUCGCAUCGGGAGCUGGCUGUCCUGGGGUUGGGGCAGAAAUGACCCCACCUCCCAAACACAACAAGAAGAGGACCACAGAGAAACCAGAGCAGACGAGACAGACAGUCCCUCACGAGGCGAGACGAGCCCAGCCCUCGAGCGGAAUGCCAAACAUCUGAGACUCCAACGCAGUCCGUCGAUUGAGAGGAGAAGGUCACCUGAUCUCUGUGACCAAAUGGGCCGGAGGAGAUCUAGCAGGAAGAGGCGGAGCUCCCACGGAGAUGGGGGCGGGGCUAAAUCCCCAACCAGUCCUCAACCUGAAAGCCCUGAAGCAACCAGUUUGACCGGCGGCCCGCGGAUGACAUGCGCUGACUCAACUUUUGAGGAGACGCCAGACAGCCUUCCAGAAACCCCUGGAGCAGAAGCGCCAAACUCAGGGAACCGUGAAGAUGUCUCCCAAACACACCUGAGCGAAGACGCAGAUGUGGAUUCACUCGCCCGAGCGGCGCUGGCUUAUACAGAUAUGGAUGAGGAACGUGUGGUGAGGCUGACGGAGAGCGCCGAAUCCAAGCGCAGGAGCAUCAAGGUGUCUCACAGCGAGGUGGUCUUCCCUAAAAAGCUCUUGGUCGCCUCGGAGGAGCAGAGGGAAGACCAAAAGAUGACUCGUAAAGACACCGAACGGCUGAGAUCUGAUGGAAGAGCCAGAUAUCCAGAGGACAGAGCGGAUGGCACCAAUGUGAAGUCCAAAGGCCGAAUCGCAGACAAGAUCAGUCUGUUUGAGAGAGGAGCCACCAAUGCAGUCAGCAGCUCCACAAACCUGCGUCACCUGGAUAUUUCUCCAGCUCGAAAUGUGGCCAGUCGUCUUUUCACAGAACGUGCCGGAGCCCGGUCCAGUUCUGCACCUCCAAACCAGACGGUUAAAGAGAGGGCGAUGAAUUUUAAUGCAGUACGGAAGGGGGGAGAUAAUCUGACUUUGCCGUCUGGUAAUACGCUGAGUGAAGGACAUUCAAAAACGGCUGAAAUAUCGCAAUCUGAACGUUUUGAAAAAUCUACAGCAAAGACAGAUACCAGCGGAGAGCCAAAGGUUAAAUCCAAACCUCAUUUAAACAUAGAUCAAACAGACUCCAAAUCCCACAAUGCAACACAAAGCACAAGUGACUCAAACAUUGGGAAUAAAGAGCUGGAUUUUCCGCCAAUGGUUUCAUCACCUACUGAUGAGACACCAGAGGUGAAAUCACCAAACCAGACCAGCUCACGAUCUAAAAAGCGUCGGGGCAAAGAUCCGCGGAGCCCCACCAAAGACAAACCUCCUGUAGACAUUGUAAAGACCACAGAGCAGUAUUCUGAUAAAGAAAGACCCGACUCUUCUAGGGAGGCCGUAACCAAAACACCUAAAGUCCCUCCAAGUUUGGAGAAAGCAGCAGAAAUUAUACAAAGCACAAAGAAAAUAUCAGACUCUCCACACGCGGACACAAAAUUUCCUAAAGAAAUUAAAAGCAAGGAGGAGAAGCAGCAUAGCUCAAAUGAAGAGAAGACAGAGCGGACAGAGAUUGACUCAAAAACGGAAGAGAAACUGAAAAAGCAGCUUGGUCAUGAGCACUCAGAAGGACAGGGGAAGAGGAACAGAGACGUGAUUGUAAACACAUCGUUUGGAGAGUCAGGGAAACCAGAUCCAUCUGUGACAAAAGAAGAGAAACCACCGUCCCUGGAGGACUUGAAGGAGGCCAACGCUAAAGACUGCUCUGAGCCAGCCAAUAACAGCACUACAGCUUCCAGGAGAGAAGCCAUGCGAAACAGAGGGAGUGAGACGGAUACGCUGGUCUUACCUGAGAAAAAAACUGAAAAUACCUCUGAAAGUGAGCCAAAAUCAGCACAAACACCAUCCAAGACAAACCAAAAUAGUACUGAAGUCAGUACAUCAAAGCCAACCAAGCAGAAUGAAGAAGAAGCAAUUACAACAAAGACGACUAAACACGGUAAAUCAAAGAACACCUCAGCUGUGAGACAGGAAGACACUAAAGUUUUGCCAACCAAUGAUGGUAAAGAGACUCAGACUUCAGAGUUAAACUCUGAAUUGUCUGAUCAGACUAAAGAAAACUCUACUACUACAAGUAGGACACCGGCAACACCAAACCCUACACUGGUCAAAGACCAGAAUGAAAAUACGGAUGCCAUAAUUUCACCUCAAAUUCCCUCUACAGAGGAAGGCGGUCUCAAAAGAGAUGAGCCACCCCUACAAAAACAAUCAGAGAGCGGAGAAGAACAGAUAACACAGGCAGUGUCUAAUAAAAGUGAUUUACAACAGCCUAGCACUGAUAUUAAAAAUGGAGGCACCAAGGAAACCCGGAGUGAAAUCACCGGCACAGAAAUUACAUCUGUAAUAAAUGGAGAUAUACACACUGUGCAGGUGGAAGAUCAGGUUUCUGAAUCUCUUAAACACUGUUACCACGGAAACCCCAUCAGCGCGGCACCCAAUCAGAGCGAGGGAACACUGAUCUGUGUGCAGGAGAGCCUUCAUCACCCAUCAUCUGUGCGUUUACAGCACAUCCAUCAUUCACAUACAGAGAAUCCUCAGGAGUUCACAAACAUCAAGCUGAAAUACAGACGUGAUGUCAAGAGAUUUAAAACAUAUCAACUGUGA